AUGGCACACCAAAUUCACCUAAAUGAAAACGAAAUCGCCUGCGCACUUCAAUGUGAUUUAAGUGAAGAUGGACUCGACUUAGAUGACGAUAGUUUGAUGGAUCCUGACUUUGAACCAGAUUUUGAAGAGUCGAUUGACGAAUCUUUGGAAGCUGAAUUCGACAUAGAUGCACUAGUAGACACCUUGAAUGAUGACGACCGUAACUCCAACUUUGAGGUAGAAGUAGGGCCGGCCUUAUCUAGUUCAGACAUUCCAGGUACUUCAGAUCCCCCUGUAAAACGUCGAAAGCCUGAAAAGCUAACAUUACGGUGGAAAAAGAAGAAUUUAGAGCUGAAUGCACAGCAGCUGGCUUUUACUGGCAAUGAGUCAUUGAGUUCUGAUAUCUUGGACCUUGAUACUCCAAUACAGUUCUUUCUUUUUUUAUUUCCACCAGAACUCAUAAAGAGAAUUUCGGAAGAGACAAACCUCUACGUGGUACAAAAAGACCCAAACAGCACGUUUCGUGUAUCGGAGACAGAAAUGCGUCAAUUUAUAGGGGUAGUAUAUAUGAUGUCACUGAUUCAGCUACCCAGAGUGACCAACCACUGGAGUUCCGUCUUGAGUACACCUGUAAUUCAACAGACCAUGCCUUCUAAUAAAUUUGAAAAGAUUAGACAAUAUCUGCAUUUUAAUGAUAACACUAAAUGUCUACAUAGGACCCACCCUGACUCCGAUAGGAUCUUCAAAAUUCGCCCAGUCGUUGAUGCCUUGAACGAAUCUUAUGGUAAAGUUCCAUUAGAAAAACAACUUUGUGUAGAUGAGCAAAUUUGCUCUACAAAAGCGCGUAACAUGCUGAAAAGACCCGACGAGCCAGAUUUAGGAGCUUCUUCCAAUGUAGUAGUGAGAUUAUCGCGUAUGAUUCCGCGACACCAAAAUUACAGGCUCUAUUUCGAUAACUACUUCACAUCCUUGCAUCUUUUGGAAUAUUUAGCAAAAGAAGGUAUUCUUGGGCUAGGUACUAUUAGAAGGAAUAGAAUACCUGACUGCAAGCUGUCGUCAGAAAAAGAGAUUAUGAAGAAAGAUCGAGGAUAUUCUGAAGAGUACAUAGCUGAUGUCAACGGCGUCGACGUGUCAACGGUUGUAUGGAAGGACAAUAAGCUUGUUACAUUGGCUUCCACAUUUGCUGGUCUAAAUCCUAUAAGCGAAGUCCGGAGCUACGACAAAAAGAACUCAAGAUACAUAAACAUCCCGCGACCUAAUGUUGUGAGCGAGUAUAACCGUCAUAUGGGCGGUGUGGACCUUGUAGAUAGCAUUAUGGGCAUUUACAAGAUAAAACUGAGAAGCAAACGUUGGCAGAUGCGUCUCUUCUAUCACUUCUUAGACCUAACAAUGGCUAAUGCAUGGCUGUUCUAUAAAAGAGUCUGCAAGUAUAAAAACAUUCCCAACAAGACCAUCAUGGCAUCUGCAGAUUUUCGCCUGGAAAUUGCCGAAACAUUGUGCAAGAUGGGGGUGAAAACGGGUUUAACAAUACGCCGAUCUAUUGAAGGUCAAAUCCUAGCAAAGAAACACAAAGGACCUGCCCAACAUGUACCUCCACAAGCAGUCCGCCAAGAUCAAGUCGGUCACUGGCCUCAAUGGGCAGAAAAAAAAAUCCGUUGUAAGUUCCCAAAGUGUGCUGGAUUUACUCAUACGGUGUGUGAUAAAUGCGGCGUAGCUUUAUGUUAUACCAAAAACAAAAAUUGUUUCAGGAAUUUCCAUCUGUUGUAA